AUGGUGCUGCGGUAUGCUCGAGUACCCUACGAAUUGCACUUUUCCGACGAUCCGCUAGGCGAUAUUUCGCCUGAUGGGAUUGCAACUGGUAUCCUGGGCCAAGUGCAAAACGACGAAUACGAUCUGGUGUGCGCCCGGGCGGUGAUGAGCCCAAGGCGCCGCGACUAUUUCAAAUUCUCUUUCCCGAGCCAAUAUGAAGUUACGCAGGUAUUUAUGAUUCGCGACGAUUCCCUGCCCGUCUUUCUUGACAGUUUUUUAUUCCGCCCAUUUUCCACGAACGUCUGGGUGGCGCUACUGAUUAUGCUAUUUAUCCUGGUGCUCUUGUAUACGCUGUUCAGAUUUUUCGAGUUUCGCGGGGCCGAAACGCGAACGAAAAUGGGCGAAUACCGCCUCCUCACCAGCAGUACCACACAAAUCCCGGUGUGUCCGUACGAGUACUAUGACCGUUGUGACCGGAUUUUCGAGGAGAUAUUCGCCAAAUACCCGCCGAUAAUUGGCUCCUAUCAAAAACUCGCUCAAGACGAGUUUGUGCGAAAGCACCCCUAUCCGUUGGUGGCCUUUGCCUGGUUGCCCGGACAUCGUAUCACAUCGGAAUACAGUACCCUUACGGAUAGACAAUUCCAUUCGCAUACAGUCGACCUACACUACGACCCAAUAUACCCACCCGUUUCCAUCCAACAACUCCCUACAAAGACUGCCUUUACAUUACGACAGCUCUCCGUAAUCUUCUACGUCCUCCUGGGGGCUCUCGGAAUCUCGCUCCUCGCCCUCGUCGUCGAGAUCAACUUCUCGUAUCUGAAGCUGCAGCUGGGGAGGCCAACGAAAAUGCGAGCGGCCGGGCGGCUGUUGCCGCUAUGGGUAGAGUGGUGGCUGGCCAUUUCCUCGAUCCUGUGCACGAUCGACAUCAUCUACACGACAUUCCGCCCGUACACGAAUCGCGGCGGCUAUUUGGAGAAGCUGUUCGAGCCGUGGAACAUCUACGCGGACGUCGAUCUUCGAUACGCGGAAUGGGACGACCUGGUGACGAUGGCCACCGGAAGGGUGAUGGCUAUUGAGGUCGUCAUGAAUCUGGUGACGUUGAUCCUUGCUCGGCGUGAGUCCCGCCAUACGGUCCUGCUCGCCUUCACCACGUCGGCGUUCGUCUUCUGGAAGACGUUCUGGUAUAUGGUGCUGUACAUUCGACAGCCGGAAGGCACACGCGAAUACAUCAGACCCGGAACUGGGUGGCUCGCUGAAUUUAUCGUCUUCUGGGUGGCCGAUGGUUUCUGGUGUGCCGUCCCACUGGCCGUCAUGGUAGCGCUGUGGAAUCGGCUGGCACGUCACGAGUACGAGUUCGUCUCCACCAAGGAUCUCGCC